AUGACUGAUAUAUUUCGUCUCUCUUCCACCCCCAAAAGAGGCACCUCCGGCAGCGACGAGAAGAUCUCCGCGACCAAGAUCCCACCGCUCGACUCAUCCGUCAAGGCGAACGCACCACACGACCAGAGCUCGCGCGGCGCCACGGGCACCGACCGCAGUAUCGACCACAGCCGCAUCGAUCCGCUGGGCGGAGCCGGCCAGUACCAACACACCGCACCGCACGCCGACUCGCAGGGCGCCGUGGGGCGAGACGAGACCAUCCAGGGCGCCAAGAUCGAGCCGCUGGAGGGCAAGGGACAGCAGGCGGCAACGACGAAGAGCCAAGGGCUGGACGACGAGACCGUCGAUACCGCGAGGAUCGACCCCGUCGGCAGUGUGAGGGAGGAGAUGCAGCCGCCGACUUGA